AUGCCCGGCCAAGAGGACUAUGCAGGGCUUGGAAGCCGCGAGGUUGGCUCCAACCACUACGAUGUUGUAGUCAUUGGUGCGGGAUCUGGAGGGCUCACUGCUGCGAAGACAGCAGCCCGCUUUGGCGCGCGAGCGCUGCUGGUGGAACGGCUGCCGCGCCUGGGGGGGGACUGCACCUGGUUCGGCUGCGUGCCUUCCAAGGCUUUGAUUCGCUGUGCGCAUGCCGCGCAUGAAGCCCGGAACGGUGGUCGCUUUGGUGUCGCAGGUGUGGACCCAGAGGCUGUGAGGACCGAUUGGCAGAAGGUGAAACAACACAUCAAGUCCUGCCAAGAGAAGAUCUACAAACAGGAUGACAGCCCUGAGGUUCUCCAAGCCUCUGGGGUGCACGUGCGCUUGGGCUAUCAUGCUUCCUUUGUGGAUGCCCGGACCUUGCAGCUCACUCCGGUGGAUGAGACACAAGUUUCCUUUUGGGGAACUUCGGCACCGUCGGGAUCAUCUGGAUCUUCGGGUUCUUCGGGUUCUUCGGGAUCUUCGGGAUCUUCCGGAUCUUCCGGGUCUUCCGGUCGAGAGUUGGUCUCUGCCGCGCACUUCAUCCUCUGCACUGGCGCCAGCCCUUCUCUGCCGCCCCUGGCGGGCCUGGACAAAGUGCCCUACCUGACCUACGAAACCGUGUUCGAUCUUGAGUCCUUGCCAGAUUCUCUCGCAGUCAUUGGCGGAGGACCCAUUGGCUCGGAAUUGGCGCAGGCGAUGGCCCGCCUGGGGGCGAAGGUCACUAUGGUCGGCAAACUGAUGCCCAGGGAGGAUGAGGAUGUGCGCAGUGUCAUGUCCCGGGUUUUCGAGGAAGAGGGCAUCAGCGUGCUGACUGGCCGCGCCGAAUCUGUGGAAGCCCAGGGCAGCGGGCUGGUGCUGAAAACCGGCGACGGCCAAAGCGCGUCGGUGCAAGCGCUCCUGGUGGCGGCAGGGCGCCGGCCCAAAAACCUCGAGCUGCUGCAGCUGGAUCGGGCAGGAGUCAAAUGGACCAAGGGCGGCAUCACUGUGGAUGCCAAGCUGCGAACCAGCGCAAAGCACAUCUUCGCAGUAGGCGACUGCUUGGGCGGUUUGCAGUUCACGCACUUGGCAGGGUAUCAGGGGGCCGUGGCGGCUUUCAACUGCGUGCAAGCCAUCAGUGUGAAGGCGCCAGAAAUGGCUGCGGUGCCCCGCUGCACGUUCACUCAUCCAGAAGUGGCCACGGUUGGGCUGACCUUCCAGGAGGCAACAGCACAGCACGGCGCGGACAAAAUCUCUGCGCGGAUGCGGAUGCUCGACCACGUGGAUCGCGCUGUGUGUGAAGGCGAAACGAACGGCUUCAUCAAAGUCAUUGUCUUGGCCACAGGCGAGAUUGUAGGGGCCACGGUGGUGUCGCCGGCCGCCGGGGAGAUUGCAGGGGAGCUGGGCCUGGCAGUGGCCAAGAGGCUAAAGAUGAGUGCUUUGGCAUCGACCAUCCACUCAUACCCAGCCAUGAGUUUCGCUGUCCAGCAAAUAGCUGCUGACGACUACUACCAGAGCCUGGAGCAAAGCCGCAUGCUGGGCUGCUUGCGGAGUUGUUGUGGCCCCCGGCUGCAUGGCUAA